CGUUGAAUCAGCAACACAUAGCCUUGACGCCGUGGAAGCGUGGCGGAGACAACGCCGGACUAUAGAAAGCAUGCCUUGUCACCUCGCUCAAACUCUCCUUCACCGCCUUCUUCAACGCCGUCUCCUCUUCCCGUCGUUACUCGAGUAUAUAUAUAAUCCUAAAUUAUCACCUCAUCCUUUUCAAAAUUUCCUGUUUGCUUAAUUAGUUUAAUUACUACUAUGAUUUUGCACUGUCCUGAAAUUACAGUGAGUUAAUUAACAUCAGCUUAUCAUUUGAUAAUUUGCUACUAAUGUGACCUUUUAUCAUCUAUCGGUUAUAGAACAGAUCAGUAUUAAUGUAAAUUGCCGUCUCAUCUUCCCGUCGUUACUUGAGUAUGAUUAAUCCUAAUUAUGACCUCAAAUAAUUAAAAAAAAAAAAAAAAAACUGUAUGCUUAAUUAAGAUUUGCACUGUCCUGAAAUUAAAAUGUGUUGUUCUGUAAUUAGCAUCGGCUUUACGAUUAUGAUGUAUCAUUUGAUUUCGAGUUAAUGGUCAAAAACACACCUGAACUGUCACUUUUUUUGUGAGUUUCGCACCUCAAUUAUCAGUUGUUCCCUUUUAUUAACUAAACUAUAGAACACACCUCAGAAGCUGAAUAGGCCAACUAUCAGUUGUUCCCCUUACCUACCUGAACUAUCACCAUCUACUCAACUAGGUGUGUUUUAAUACAUAGUGAUAGUUCAAGUAGGAAAAUACAUAGAUGGUGAUAGUUCAGGUGAACAGUUGAUAGUUGGGGUGUAAAACUCACAAAAUAGUGAUAGUUCAGGUGUGUUUUUGACCAUUAUCUCUUUGAUUUUUCAGUAUACUUGGUUACUCCAUAAUCUGCUACUAAUGUGACCUUUUAUAAUCUAUUGACUGUGGACCAGAUCGAUAUUAACGUGAAUUGCGGAAAAAUGAUCUUACUGUAAUAGAAUAUUUUCAUACUCUAUAUGCACAGUUUGCAGCUUUAGUAACCAUCUCAGUUUUCCAAAGUCAAAAUCAAUCUGUGCAUAGUUUGAUUUUACACAUUUGGUCGGAUUGAUAGUUGAAAAGAGAAAAUGUAGAAUGGAGUAGGCUAAAAAGAGUAGUUUAGUUUGUAGUUAUUGAUGAACAAGAUGACAUGUGACAAGUAACUGAGAGUCUAUAGAUGCACGUGAAGGAGUUGAAUUACUUGUUAUAUUUUGGUCAUAUGUUUUUGUUAUAGGCCCUCUGAUCAUCAAGGUUAAGCUUAUAGUAAAAUUAUAGUUGCUUAAUGUGGUAGCUGGGUAGUGGUUCUUGAAUUUAUGAGCACCAUAUUUGCAUUGGCCUGAGAAAGAUACAUAUAUGUCUGCAGUGGGUUGUGAGAUUUAAAAUGUUCUUCACAUCCUUGCAACUGCUUAACUAAUUUUUUGGAUCUUAAUAGAUCAAUACUUUUGUCAAUGCUAUCUAGCUCCAACAUCAAGAAGGCUUGAGAUUCAUUUUUGUUUCUCUUAUAUAAUUUCUCCUUGAGCCGAGGGAGGGAGGAUGGUGUGUGUGCUUGUUCAAUUGUAUUGCUUCCUCAGAGAAAUGAGGCUCCUAGAGACUAGAGAUGAACUUUUGUGAUGCAAUAAUGAUAGUACUGUCAUCUAAUAUCUGAGAAUCAUCUUAGCUAUGUGAUUGUAAACGGGUUUCCCAUAAUUUUACUAAACAACAGUGUAGAAUCGACACUUAUUGUCUGCUUAAGCUAUUGCCUUCUUUCUUCCAUUUGUUGAAUUCAUGUAUUAUGUACUCCAGAAGCUGAUAUAUAUUUUCUUGUCCAGAGUGUUCAAAUUUUGUGUUGAGGAGAUCGAUUUAAGGGGGGAGAGUAGAGUGGAUGCAGAAUGGAUGGCAUAUAUAGGUGCUUUUGACAACUUGCGUUGUCUAAAUUUAUCAGAUUGUAACAAAAUUAACAAUUCAGCCAUUUGGGCUAUCACAGGAAUGACAAACUUAAAGGAGCUUGACCUCUCUAGAUGCUCAAAGAUUACCAAUGCUGGAAUUAGACAUCUAACAUCCAUCCCAAGUUUGGAGAAGUUGUGGAUUCCAGAAACAGGCGUCACGGCUGAUGGUGUGGUACUUCUGUCUUCAUUAACCAACUUAUCUUUGUUAGAUCUGGGAGGCCUGCCUGUAUCGGAUUCCUCUCUGGGUAAUCUUAAGGUUCUUGGGAAACUACAACAUUUGGAUCUUUGGGGGAGUGAAGUAUCAAACAGAGGAGCAUCUCAUCUUAAAUGGUUCCCAAGAUUGAGUUCGCUGAAUUUGGCCUGGACCAAGGUCACUAUGUUGCCAAGUCUGCCUAUUCUUGCAUGUCUAAACAUGAGCAAUUGCACGAUACACUCUAUAUUCGAAGGAGAAGGACAGAAAGCUCCUCUUUCAAAGCUUAUUCUGUCUGGAGCAACCAUAAGAGAUGUCUCUGAAGCUUUCCUACACCUUGAAACAUCUUCCCUCUCUCUCCUGGAUCUUUCCAAUUCAUCUCUUAAUUCGUACUGCUUUUUGCCAUAUAUGAAUGCGAUAUCAGAUUUAGAUCUCAGUGGUACAUCUGCAGGGGAUGAGUCAGUUGAACACAUUGCAUUUGUAGGUCAAAAUUUACGUCAUCUAAAUCUCAGCCGGACAAAAUUAAGCUCUGCAGGACUGGGAAUUUUAGCUGGUUUUGUUCCCAAUCUUGAAACUUUAUUGUUAUCUUACACGGCCAUUGACGAUUCUGCUAUCUCCUUCAUGAUCACCAUGCCUUUGCUAAAAUGUAUCAAUCUGAGUGGUACAAAUAUCAGAGGUAUGGUCAACGAGGUGGAUUCUGAUGCUAAUUGUGCGUCGUCACUGUCUGGGUUGUCUAGUCUUGAUCAUUUGGAAAGAUUGGAUUUGGAGGAGACUCGAAUCAAGAAUUCAGCUUUGGCUCCUUUGCCGAGCUUUCGUAAAUUGAGCUAUUUAACCUUACGGAGUGGUUCCCUUACUGAUACCACUUUGCAUCAGUUGUCGUCUAUUCAAAGCUUGGUUACCCUGGGGAUUCGUGAUGGCGUACUCACUGAUACUGGGCUCUAUAUAUUCAACCCUUCACCAUCUAUGAGGAUUCUUGAUCUCAGGGGUUGUUGGCUGCUGACAGAGGAUGUUCUGUUGUCAUUUCAGCAAAAGCAUCCUCAAAUUGAAGUAAGGCAUGAUCUUCUUAGUAUUGCAUUGGUUAAAAGGUUAUCUGUUCACUCACCUGUGUGCCAAGCGACCCCUCAGAGCAAACUAUACAAAAACAAGAACGGAGGGCCAUCAGCAUCUCCCCUAAGAUCUAGCAGACACGGUUUUCUUGAUCAAAGAUUGAAGUACACCAGAGAAGAACUGCUUGCAGUGAGCUUUGGCUCUGCCUCUAUUUCCAGAGACAAUGUUGAUUGGAUACCUCAUGAGCUGGCAAAUGAUGGAUAGAAUUUCUUGGAUUCAUCUCAUAGUGCAACUCAGGAUGAUAAAUGAUAUAAGCCCAAACCAUGUUAUGUCUGUCGUAAUGUACCAUUACUGUUACCUUGGUUAAAUGGCAUCUGGUUCUGGCCAAUGGUAUUACAGUUCGGAGCCCUUUUUAUGUGUGUUGUGGUACUUCUGAUCUUGGAAAGCUCAGUUAAAGAGCAAUUUUUAGACAUCCAACUGAUUCCUGGAUUUGUACAAGUUUUUAUAUGACUCAAAUUACCAACAGUUUUGAAAUACAAGGAACAAAAUUUCCUAUGAU